UUGCAUGCCUCUGUAAGAGAAGGAAGGAGCUGCAUUGAAUGGGAGCACUACACUAGUUCUGGGUGCAAUGACAACAGCUUGGAUGUGAUAUUCUUUUGAAGAGGAAUGGGAAGUCAAGGAGGCUGGAAUGUUCCAAGUACCCGCUGAAGCUACUGCUUUCAUUCACUCUUUGGUUCUCAGUGACAACAUCCAAAGGGUUUAAAAGGAGUCUCGUGGCAGGAGGUCAUGCUGCAAGAUACAGCCUCUCUCCUGCACUUGCACAACACUGAUGCUGCCAGCUAUGGAUGAUCUAUUACAAAGCAGUAUGUGCUUCAAGAAUGACAGGAUAAUGAAAAUGCUUCAUCGAAGGAGGACAGUGACUUAAAAGGGUUUAUCUCUCUUGACUCCAUCUUUGAGCAAAAAGCAAAAAAAAAAAGAAACUUAAGAGGAAAUAUUCAUUGAGGUGUGUUUCUAGAUGCAGUGGUGUCUGCUUUAUAUUCACAUCAGAAGUCUACAUAAUAACUACAGAGAAGCCUUAAGGUUAUCCAUCAUUUUUCUUUUCAGGGGUCCAGCAAUGUAAAACAAAAUGGUGCGUUGCUGGACCCCUUAGUAGAAAUCGAUAAACAGCCUUCUCCCAUUUAUUUUUGUCUUAUUCCGAACCACUGCAAUUGUCUACACUUAACAAGAAGAUACAGCAGAUUAUAAGAAAGAGCGGAACUAAAUACAUUUUGCAAUUUUGAGAGUGGAACUAAAUAUCUAGAGCCAUGUGCUCUGUCAUAGAGGAUGGCAAUACGGAUUCUGUAGUUACAUGUUGGAAGAGCGUUCUCUACAAUGUUCUUAUCGGUGCGGUGCUUGUUCUGAUCAUCAUCAUCACCAUAUGUGGUAACGUGGUGGUAUGUCUAGCUGUGGGCCUGGACCGCAAGCUUCGUAGCAUGACAAAUUGUUUUAUUGUGUCACUGGCUAUAACAGACCUUUUGUUGGGUAUUUUGGUACUACCAUUUUCUGCCUUAAACCUCUUACAUGAAGAAUGGCCUUUUGGGGCCACCUUCUGCAACAUUUACACAAGCCUGGACGUCAUGCUGUGUACAGCCUCAAUUCUUAAUCUGUUCAUGAUCAGUUUAGAUCGAUACUAUGGGGUCACUGCCCCACUUCGCUAUUCCAUGCACGUAACACCUUUCCGUGUGGCUAUAGCUAUGUGUGUGAUAUGGGUGGUUUCCCUCAUGGUAUCUUUUCUCCCUAUUCACCUAGGAUGGAAUACAAAAGAUAAAUCUAUUCAGAACUAUAGAGACAGCAACGACAAGGAAUGUAAAUUGGAACUGAACAAAGAAUAUGUCUUAGUUGAUGGUCUGCUAACAUUCUACCUCCCAUUAAGCAUCAUGUGUCUCAUGUACUACAGAAUCUUUAAAAUCGCUAGGGAGCAAGCCAAAAGGAUUAAUCACGCCAACUGUUGCAAUGCACUAAGCCCCACAUUACCUACUGUUCGAGAACAUAAAGCUACUGUUACUUUGGCAGCUGUCAUGGGGGCUUUUAUCAUUUGUUGGUUUCCUUAUUUUACUGUGUUUACUUAUGAAGGGGUGAAUGAAACUGAUGUAGAUGAGACAGCUUUCUUAAUAGUAUUGUGGUUGGGUUAUGCCAACUCAGCACUCAAUCCAAUAUUAUAUGCUGCUCUGAAUAGAGAUUUUCGCACUGCAUACCAGCGAUUAUUGCACUGUCGGAGAGUCGGGCCUCAGAACCAUGAAACCCCACUGACAUUACUUCAUAUUCGUCGUUCUGAGGACAGGACACAUCAAAUUAUGCAAAACACACAAGGAGAAAAACUAAACAUGGUUCACAAUAUGAAUGGAAAAGAGGGAAGGCCAUUUAUCACAAACACAGUAGAAAGAGAACGUUCCAGACUGUGCAGUAAAUGCGUGGAUUUUGUGACCUAGACGAGAUCACUGACUCUUCUAAGGUUCCUUUUGGAAAUCGGCACAUGUUAAUAGAAACUGCACGAGUGGUUAGAUGGGACAUAAUUGACACACCCUGGAUACUUGCCUUCACAGCUUCAGGAAACAGUGUUCUUUUAAAAUGGGAGUUCACCUUGAAAAAAGUUUGAGUAUGUUAUAGAUGAAUGAUUGGUGGCCAUUUUUUAGUUCAAGCCCAUGUUAGAAGUUCAACCCUUGGUUAGGGCUCCUUUUGGAUUAUACAAAGACACAUUAGGUUUGUCAAAUUAUUAAGCUUCCUAGUAUGGCCCCACAAAUGCAAUGCUGUCAAUGACGGGAACUUAUAUUUGCUCAUAUAUUAUUCAAGGCCACCUCUUCCAUUUUUUCUUUCCAACUGCUGACUGGCUGCUAGAGCAAUCAUUAAGCCCUAGUUAGCUCUAGCUAAAUGUUAAAAUCACAAGCCUGACAUCCUUGCAAAAACAACUGCAAAUUGCCUUUAGAAUUACACUGUCUGCAUCAUACUAACUGGUCAUUUUUAAGGUGAAUUUCCCCUUUAAUACUCCCGAUUUUGUAGGACUAAAAGUCUUAGUCCAAGUACAAGUCCAAGUUAAGACUUGUAUCCAAGUCAAUGGAAUUUAUGACAAUCAUCAGGGUGAGGAAUGUUUAUACAGGAUUUUAUUCUAUGGCAGUCCUGGAAUAUGCACACAAGACUCUCACUUCCUGGUACCUCUGCUUGAGAUGCUGCAGGAUGGACAUUUUCAUCUUUUGGAAACAGUUACUGGGAUUGUGCUUAAUACAGAAACAUCUUGGACAAACUGGUUUUCUUUCAACACUGUAAUCAUCAACUGAGCGGUUGUAACCUUUAUGAAACCGGUCAAAAAAGCUAUGAUGUAAAAUGAAAAAUGAAACGGGUUACUGUGGGAAACACAAGACAAAUUGUUUGCUGGAUGUACAAUGGACCGGGUAUGGCACUAUUUAAUUGUCAUUAUGGUUACACUCAGGUGGUAUAGAUGCAGUCACGGUCAUGUAACAUGUACCAGAUCACAGCCAUUGGUCACCUCAGUACCUUCCCCACAGGGGCUCAUUUACUAAGAUAUGUGAUAUAAUGAAAUUCAUUUUGAUCUAUCUACCGCAAGUUAUACAAUGAAAGCAAGGAUGUGAUACUAAAAGGGUCUUUACUGAGCAGGAAGGCCUUAUGACAAGUGCUAAAAGCAGGAAAUCCACCAUUUUUUUGCAUUAUCAUACUGCCCCUCCUUUCGAAAUACAGAGACUUCUAACUGCCCCAGUAAAUGCAGUGCUGCCUGCCUUCAACAGCACCGUAUUCAUGGGUGUUGGAAGGGGAAAGAUACAUUGACAACCCCCUUACCCCAUUCCUAACUUGCAAAUCUUUUAGACAGGACAGGCCUGCAUUCACUGAUGCUACACUCUACACCAUAUUUUCUUUAACUGAGAUGUAGACCACAGCCAAGACUCAGGGAAAAACUGGUCCCUGAAUGGCUGCUAAGCCCCUUAGUGCUCUUACCUUUAUAUGCAAUUAAAGGUACUAAAAUUCCCCAGGAGCAGGAACCCAUAGCAACCAAUAAGAUGUUUGCUUUUAAACAGGUAACCAGUAAAUGCUGCCUGCUGAUUAGUUGCUAUAGGUUACUGCACCUGGGCACCUUAGUGGCUUUUUUUACAUCACCCCUUUAAACUUCUUCCCUGGGUUUGAGUAAAUAAGCCAUUAUGGCUUUACAGUACUGGUGCAACACCUAUGUUACACUAGCAACACAUUAUUUUGGCAAUAAAGCUAUCUGUAGCAUCAUGCCAAAAACAACUGUAUAUCUGCACUCAGCAUUGCUAUGUGAGUCACUUGCAGCCCUGUUUAUUCUAGUGAGCCAGUGAGGUAUCUCAGAGCUAUUCAUUUUGCACUUAAAGUAAAUGUAUACCUUAUAUUUAUACCAUAUUAGUAAGUUGGUUUUAUCUUCUAUUCAUUUCUCAUUUCCCAUUCAUUUUGCAUUCACUGACUUGCUUUUAUACAUAUGAGCAGGAAAUAUCCUAUUGAAACGUUUAAUUUACAGAAUAACUGCACAAUAAUAAAUGUAUGAUCUAGGAGGGUGUUGCUGAUGUUAUUCUGGGAGAAGUUACCGCUUAUCUCAAGUGAAGAAGCACUAUCAAAGCUGACACGUAUAUUAUGAGCAGUUUUUAAGAGAAGGAAUGUUCUGUGCUCACAGUAAUUUAGAGCCUCAUAAUUACAGUAACUGCCUGUUUUAAGAAGACAUGCACAAGCACAAAUGUAAUUUUACAUUUCAGAUUCAUCUGAAUCUUUAGCAGCUAUAUACUAACACAAAUGCAAUGUGCAAAGUGCAAACUUUGGUUGCCAGUCAGUGCAUUUUACCCAAAGCUGUAUUAUUUUCCAGAAUCCCAAUAUAAAAGUUGGGCAACCUCCUUAAAUUACCCCCGCCUUAGUAAAAUGUUGUAUUUGCAAUAUCCUGGCAUCAGUGGGGGUAUAAUAACAUAACCUUUUGAUUGAAGGAAGUAACUAAAAGAACUGCUGUUCAGUUGUUAGUAAUAGAGAAAAAUAAAUCUGAAUGCAGGGAAAAAGGUAUGUUAUUCUGAGGGCUGUAGAGAGUAAUUUUAGAGCUAAUUUCCUAACAAAGAUACUAAAUUGCACUAAUGAAAUUAUCUAUAGAAACCAUCAGUUGAUUGCUUUCAUUUUCUAACAUUCCACAUAUUAAAAGCUAAUUGAUGUUUGGUUGCUUUUGAUUAAUUUAGCAUCUAUGUUUGUAAAAAAGCCCCUUAGUGUUUGAUCUAUCAGGUGUAGUCAGUUGUAUGAGUAGGUGCAACACUCUAAGGUAACCCAGCUAGUAACAUCUUUGCAAGGCUGAUGGUAAUCCAGGGACCUCUACCUGUCGAUACCCUACACUUUGUAUCUUGCACCUUAUUCAAAAAAGAAUGAAGUAACUGGCAUCCUGGCACAAAGCACAGCCAUAGAUUCAUGUGUUUUAAUGCAAAUACAUUUUUGAAUGACACUUGAAUAGAGGCACUUUUGCACACACUGUGAUACUUAAAUGAGUCCAAUAACCUGAAAUAAUGGGACCAGCACUCCAAAUUCUUUGAAUAAUCAAUGCUUCUAUUUCACAACCUUACUUUUUCCUUACGUUUGGCCCCACCUGGCCACUGGCAAUCUGGAAACUUGGGCUAAUGCCAGAGGGUUUGCUGUAAGUUUCUAUAGAUUGGUGCUUUGUAUGAGACCUGCGUGGGGUCUGCGUGGUCGGUCUUUGUAUGCCUAGCAUGCCAUAUAUACAGAAAGACACCAACCCAUAACUCACAUUUUCCCACAUACAGUACCUAGAACACAGAGUUACAUAUAAAUUCUCCUUCAGCUAACAAACACUGGAAUGGAUUCAUGUACUCUACUAACUGGAUCGAUUCACUCAAAUGUAUAAAGUUUCUCUUGUGAAUUACACUUACCACCAUUGUACACAGUUCAUCCCAUGUACUCAUACUGGAUUGUCUAGAAAGGGCAUCAUUUUGUUCUUUGAAUCUUUAUGCAUGUCUCUAAACUUAUAGGGAGCCAUACCAGCAAUCUGCCUGGCGGUUCACCCCCUUAUCAUCAGGGAACUGAAGCAUUUAGCUUGAAUUGAAUGAAAAAAAAAAUAGAAUAAAAUAUUUAAACUUUGCUAAAUAAAUUGUCCAUAGGGCAGAAUAAAAGGGGAUGUUCAUCUUUUCAAGUGCUACCAAAGUGGAAACACUUUUGCAAAUAUAAUCAUUUAGCAGAAAUCAGUUGUUUAAACAUUACUAACUGAUAUUGUUGUCCCAUACCAGAAAGAAUAUUUAGACCAUUCCUCUGUAGAAUGGUGUUUCCGACCCAUUCCUUCCUUCCCAUAAUGCAGAAUGGUGGCAGGUAUGAAACUUCAGCAGAGAGAGAUGUGGGUUUACACUGCUCUGUAUGCCCAGUGCCUAAAUCACUCAUUUGCAUAGCAUUAAUCCUAUUGGCAGCUGACCAGAUUAAUGCUUAGCAAAUGAAUGAGGACAGCCGGGAUACGUGCAGUUAACCCAAAUGUCAUCAAAGGCACAUUUGCCCAGGAGCAGUAACCCAUAGCAGCCAAUAAAAUGCUUGCUUUUAAACAGAUGACCAGUAAAU